CCGAUCUUCUCGAGGUGCCAAGAGAGCGAGUCUCUCUAAAGCAGAAAGGUGCUAAGGUCCUGAAGCGGGGCCGUCUUAUUCGAAGUGUUGGGGGAAUUGAAACCCCGAAAGAGAGUGCUGAUCAGUAUCAGGAGUCAAUCCCCAUUUGUGUGCUGAGGGCUUGAGCACGCCCCGGCAUCAUCGAUGGCAUCCCGGGAGCUCAACGCUCUCCUGCAGAGCGAGAUGCCGCUCGCUUUUGAGGAGUACAAGGCAGGGCCAAGCCGGGUGGGCCUAGUCAUUGUUGAUGAAGUGAACGGGUUUGCAACUGUGGGGGCAGGAAACCUGGCCCCCCCACAGCAAGACGACCAGGUGGACCGAAUGGUGGAGGAGACUAACAGAUUGGCCAAGGCCUUCACGGAGCGCGGCUGGCCCGUCCUCGCGUUUCUCGACACGCACGAACCAGGAGUACCAGAACCGCCCUACCCGCCUCACUGCGAGCGGGGCACAGGAGAGGAGAACUUUGUGCCGGCUCUAGAAUGGCUGGAAAAUAACAAAGCGUGCGUCAAGGUGCGCAAAGACUGCAUAAACGGCUUCAUUGGUGCAAUAAGGCAAGACGGGUCCAACGCAGUGGUGGAUUGGGUGCGGGAUAACAAGGUGGAGCAUAUGCUGGUCGUGGGCAUCUGUACCGACAUUUGUGUCAUGGACUUCGUCCUCACCGUGCUCUCCGCGCGCAACCACGCGCUCCUCCCCCCCCUCGCCGAAGUGUUCGUCUACUCCCAGGGCUGCUCCACCUACGACCUGCCCAAGCAAGUCGCGGUCGCGCUCGGCAGAAGGGCCAUUGACGCCCACCCGCAGGAAACGACACACUAUCUUGGGCAGUACUUCAUGGCAUCACGUGGUGCCAGGCUGGUUGAUUCAGUGAGCCUGUAGCAGGGAGUUCCAGUUCCAGGCUUGUGUAAGAUUGCGUCAUGAAUCAAUGCAUAACCGUCCGGACAAAGAGGGUAGACUCAACACCUACAAGUUAAGAAAUCUUAGAAAGCUCGUAAAUUUCGCGUACCUCGUAAGGACCGUCAGCAUUACACCGAAAAAAGAGAGAUCAAAAAGUUUUACGCUUUAUUAUACAUAGGGACUGUAUCAAGCUUGCCCAUAUAAACUCCUAAUGACUCAAAUGAGUAACCGUUUGCUUAUUACUGAGGAAGAGCUAGAGAAAGGUCUAGACAUUGAAGCAAACAGUCUUAUUAUUGUAAUGACCGUCUCUUGAAGGAAUAGGGCCCCUAGCGUUCUUAUAUUUAACGAUAACAUGCAGCCGGCGGCCGGGCCGGCAACCUCGGACACACAUUAUACACUCGCGUAAAGGUGUGGCAUAUGCUAGACAAGCUUAGGC